UUGCACAAGCAACAUCGAAGUGAAGUGUAGUCAGUUAAGAAAACAAUGUCUUUUACUUGUAGUAUAUUCUUUCUCGAUAUUAUGAUUUGUCUACUCUGUUUUGUUCAUACUACAACUGUCUUUUUGAAGGGAAAAUUGAUUAUAUCUGGACAAGUUCAUUACACCGGAGCAUUAGUUAUAUCAAAUGCAAGUACAUUGACAUUUUGUUUACAGCAAUGUUAUAGCAAUCAAAAAUGUAUGACAAUUUUCUACAACCGACAUACUCAAAGAUGUAUAUUACAUUCUAAAACAUUUAAGUACAGCGUUUCUUUGCAAGAAGAAGAUGGAUGGAAUUUUUAUCUUUUGGAAGUGACAAACAGCAGGUGUCCAUCCGACAUAGAUGGCUUUAUGCACUAUCGCCAUCUUGAUUUGUGUUACAACUUUAAUCCAGAACACUAUAUCGACUAUCUUGGACACAUCAAGCAAACGUGUUCGUCAUAUGCUGGAGAAUUACUGAGAAUUGACUCACAGGAACGCCAAACGUACAUAGAGCAUAUUCUAGAAGGAAGAACAGCUUCACGUGUAGCUAUACAAGGCCACUGUAACAACCCGGGUAAUGCGUGGACUUUAGAUGACGGAACUGAACUACCAUACACUAACUGGCGUUCUGGAGACCCAGCGUACGGGUCACAUCUACAGAUAUUUACAAAUGAUCUUUGGAGUUCUCAAAAUGAAGGAAGAAAAACUAUACGUGUAGCUAUACAAGGACACUCAUACAACCCGGGUUUUGCAUGGACUUUAUAUGACGAAGCUCCACUACCAUUUACACCAUGGUGUUCCGGAGCACCAUUAGUUGGGAAAUUUUAUUUACAAAUGUUUAAAGAUGAUUGUUGGACUGAGCAAAAUUCUUUUGAUCAAAGUAGGAAUAACAUGUUCCUCUGUGAAAGACGACCAUAA